AUGGAGAAAACACACAGAUCGAGCCACCGGAAAGUUUCGGUUUCAGAGAAGGAGCUAAUCCAAGCCAUCAAAAACAAACCUUUGGUGAGACUCGACCACACAGCGACGGAGCUUGACCGGAGAAGACCUAAUUAUUUCAAUUCGAGCUCCGACGAGUCAAUAGCCUCCUCGAGCCGUACACUUCAGCUAGCGACUCGACCUAGCUGCUUCUCUUCACCUUCCUCUGCAGAAAUCGAGUCUUUAGAACCAAACCCUAGCCCAGAAGAAGAGGCUCUUCUCGUAAAGCUAAAAAGCAAUCAAAUUUCGGAGAUCGAAGAAGCUUUGAACCUCUCGCUGGAGAAAUCUAACAAAGUGAAGAUCGUACGGUCAGGAAUCGUUACGAGCAAUAGAGGGAAGCAAGUUAAGCUCGGAGCUGUUCAGAUGCUUCUAAACAUGGCGAAAUUAGGGAACACGACGACGAAUCGGGUUUUGCUGAUUCUCUGUAACAUGGCGUCGUGUCGGGUUAGUCGACCUGCUCUGCUUGACUCGGGAGGUGUUGAAUGUAUGGUUGGGAUUCUGAGAGGAUCGAGAGAGGUUAGCGAGUCGACUCGGGAGAGCUGUGUUGCGGUUUUGUAUGGACUGAGUCACGACGGAGGAUUGUGGUUUUUUUCAGUUUGGUAG